AUGGUUGCAAUGUCAAAAUUCCCUUAUGGUAUCAGUUACAUCAUACAUGGUGCUGCCACGAUUGAAAACCCGAAGACUGACAAAAGAGGCUUGCUCUUGUUUGAUGCAGGUGGAAAAAUUCCCAUCCGAUGGACUGCUCCUGAAGCUAUAGCUUACCGCAAGUUCUCUUCAGCAAGCGAUGCGUGGAGCUAUGGGAUUGUAAUGUGGGAAGUGAUGUCCUAUGGUGAGAGACCAUACUGGGAGAUGUCCAACCAGGAUGUUAUACUGUCUAUUGAAGAAGGUUACAGGCUACCAGCUCCCAUGGGCUGCCCAGCUUCUCUUCACCAGCUCAUGCUUCACUGCUGGCAAAAGGAGAGGAACCACCGUCCAAAAUUUAGUGAUAUUGUCAGCUUCCUGGACAAACUGAUCCGCAAUCCAAGCACCCUUCAUACCCUAGUGGAGGAUGUACUUGUAAUGCCAGAUUCACCUGGUGAAGUCCCAGAAUUUCCUUUGUUUGUUUCAGUUAGUGACUGGCUGGACUCCAUAAAAAUGGGUCAAUAUAAAAGCAACUUCAUGGCAGCAGGUUUUACAACUCUGGAUAUGGUUUCAAGAAUGAGUAUUGAGUAA